AUGCUUCCAAUCGAUCUUGCCAAACUAGCCGCUUUGCAGUCUAAGGUAUUUUACUCAAUCAUUGUUUUUAUAAAAUGUAUGCCUACCAUAUAAAAAACACAUAAAUAUAAUAUUUUUAUUUUAGAGAUUAGAAUCAGAUUUCAAAGUGCUAGGAAGGAUAGGAAAGGGCGGAUUUUCUAAAGUGUAUAAAGUAAGUAACCUUUUGGAUAAAAAUACUUAUGCUUUGAAAGAAGUAUAGAAAAUAUAUAUAUUAUAAGAUUGAACUAAAAGGAAAGGACUUGAAGGAGAGUCAUGAGAAGAAUAUUCAAAGAGCUUAAAGAGGUAUGAUGUUUUAAUUAAUAAGUUCCUUCUCAGAAGCAAAAUAUUUAGCCCGACUAUCCCAUCCCAAAAUCAUAAGAUACUUCAAUUCUUGGGUUGAAGUAAUGCCAAAUAAGGUGGAUUCUAUAAAAAUAAGGAAACAAGAGUAAGAAAUAAAUGACUUUGUGUUCGAUAGUUAUAAUAUUAAUUUUAAUGACUCAUAAUAAAAUUCAAAGAAUGAUCUAGAGAAUAUAAUUUUUUUUAAAGAUUCAUAGAAUGAAUAGAUUAGUUAUUCUGAAUAAGAGAAUAAUAUUCAAUAAAAUUAUAGAGUUACUAGAAAAAAACAUAAUCCUAUUAAUUAAAACAAAAAGUCAAUUAGUUAAGAUGAAAAAAAGAUUGAAUUUGAUAGAAUCAUAUUUUACAUUUAAACUGAGCUUUGUCAAUAAACUCUAGAAAAUUAUUUAUAAUAGAGAAAUACAGAGUUGUUGAAACUUAAGAAAAGUAAAGAUGAUAAUUAUCAAAAUAUCCAGUAAAAGUAUAUUAAAGAAGCUAAAAUGAUAUUGGAUCAAAUAAUAUAAGGAUUAGACUAUUUACAUAAUGAAUGUAAAUUAGUACAUAGAGAUUUGAAACCUGGAAAUAUUUUCAUGAAUAGCCCAGAAGAUGUUAAAAUAGGUGAUUUUGGUUUAGUUUCAAAACUUAAAUAAUUUUAUGAUUAUGAAGAUUAAGAUAAUGAUGAUGAUAUCUGUACAAAAAUGUAUGCAGCUCCUGAAUAAAUUAAUUAAAAAAUAAACAAAAGUUUUUCUGAUUAAAAAAGUGAUAUUUAUGCGUUAGGUUUGAUAAUUUUAUUACUAUUUCAUCCUACAUCAACUUCUAUGGAAACAAUUAAAGUUAUGAAUGAAGCCAAAAAGAGUAUACUUCCAUAGAUUUUAAAAGAUAAAUAUUCAAAAAUAUCAGAAAUAAUUUUAGAAUGUAUGAAUAACGAUCCAAAAUAAAGACCUAAUGUUAAUGAGAUUACAGUAAUAGAUUCAUUAAAUUCUUUGACUUCUUCAAAAAAAAGUAGUAAUGAAUUUAAUAGUGAUUCUACUGAUCUUUAUAUCAAAAAUAUUGGAAAUUGUUUAGUUAAAUUUGAAGAUGAGACAAUCUAAGAGAAGUAAAAUAUUUUAAUAUGUUUUAGAUAUUUGCAGUAUAGUAAUAGAUAGAUUUAAAUAUUUAAAAAUUCAAAUUGUCUCAAAGCUCAAAUGAUAUAUAAUAUUAAUGAAUGUAAUAUUUCUUAUAAUGAGAAUGAAAUCUUAGUGGAACAUAAUUAAUUAGAAAACUUUUCAUUCAAAACUACACAUAAUUAAUUAUUGGACAUUUAUGAUCAAUUAUGUGAACUCACCUAAGCAAUAUAUUGA